AUUGCCUACUGUUUGUGUCGGGUCUUAAAUACUGAUUUUCUGAAGCCAAUUAUGAUUUCCCAGAAUAUGUUGCACUCAACUUAGUGGCACACACAAAAACAGAGAGGCACCUCACAAUGUUUAGCUCUAUUCUUCUUCUUCUUUCAUUAAUGGCAGCAUAGCAGCAGUUGUUCAAAACAAUACCAACAGCAAUCAAAAAUUCUUUAAUCAAAUAAUAAUAACAAGAGUAGCUUUGAAUAUAAAGAAUUAAAGAGAAGAGAGAGUGAUUGAUAAAUCACACCAAACCAAACCCUUACCAGUCAUCACAUCUUUCUCUCUCUACUAUUCAAUUCUUAUUUUUUUAGUCUCCCUCUCUUCAAUCAUCCCGACAGAGAUUAACUGUUUUAAGGAAAAACAAAGAUAACAAAACAAAAACCUCUAUAUGGAUUCAAGAGAUUUUUACAAAACCCCAGAAUCUCAGAGCUGCGGCUUGUUGUUAGAAAGGUAACAUUUUUUUUUUUUUACUCUUUCCCAAGAAAAAAAUUCGAAAUUUUCAUUUUUCUAUAAGCAUGAUGAUGAUGAUGAAUAGAUAAAAUUUGGAGUAGAAUCAUGAUGAUGGGUCAGAGGGGUAUACUGGGUUUUGUUGUGGUUGUAUGUUUUAUGCUUUUUCAUCAUGAUCAAUAUGCAUUUGGUCAGCUAAGUUCAACCAUUGAACAAGCUGGGUUGUUUAGUUUGAGGUCUUCAUUAGGUUUGAGAGCUAAAGAAUGGCCUAGAAAAGUUGAUCCUUGUACUUCAUGGAAAGGAAUUACAUGUCGGAUAGAAGAUGGCAGUAGAGUCAUUGGGAUUAAUCUUUCAGGUCUUCGAAGAACUCGUGUUGGUCGUUUAAAUCCUCAAUUCUCUGUUGAUGCUCUAACAAAUUUCACAUUUUUAGAUACUUUUAAUGCUUCUGGGUUUUCUCUGCCUGGACCAAUUCCGACUUGGUUUGGAGAAAAGCUUUUAUCUUUAAGAGUUCUUGAUCUUCAGUUUUGUUCCUUAACUGGUAGUAUUCCUGCUUCUCUUGGAAAUUUGGGCAAUCUUACUAUUCUGAAUCUCUCUGGUAACAAUCUCAAUGGUAUAAUUCCAACUAGUUUGGGCCAGUUAUCAAGUCUUUCGGUUUUCGAUCUUUCUCGAAAUUCAUUUACCGGGUUCAUUCCAGCUUCAUUUCAAUCUAUUGGGAAUCUUAGAAUUUUCGAUAUUUCUUCGAAUUCUAUCACCGGACCAAUUCCUCCUAGCCUCGGCACAUUUCCAAAUCUUCAAGUUUUGAAUCUGUCUAGAAAUGGGUUCUCUUCUUCCAUUCCUGCACAGCUUGGAGAUUUGUCUAGCUUGGUUGACCUUGAUAUUGGGUUCAAUUCUUUGUCUGGGUCGUUGCCGUCGGAUUUAAGAGGGUUGAGGAGUUUGCAGAAAAUGAUGGUUGGAGACAAUGCUCUAAGUGGUUCAUUGCCUGAUAAUUUGUUUGCCACCCUCACUCAAUUGCAGUUUGUGGUCCUGAGGAACAACUCAUUGUCUGGUUCCAUUCCUGAUUUGUUGUGGUCAAUACCGGAAUUACGCCUCCUCGACAUCUCCUAUAAUGAUUUUUCUGGUGUACUACCUAAUCUGAGUUCUAGUGCUAAUGCCAGUACUGCAGUAUUCAACCUCUCACACAAUCAGUUUUAUGGAAAUUUAGCUUCUGAAUUCAGGAGGUUCAGUUUUACAGAUAUGACUGAUAAUUAUUUUCAAGGCAGGGUUUCAGAAGGCGCCGAUAGGAAUUCUUCUCUCAAGGGGAAUUGCCUUCAAAAGGUGGAAAGUCAGAAAAGAUUGGAGGAUUGUUCAUCGUUUUAUGCUUCUAAAAACUUGACAUUCGACAAUUUUGGGCUACCUAAUACAGAACAACCUUUGCCAACACCAGGGGGUUCGAGGAAAAGCAAUAAACGUCUCAGAUAUGUAUUGGUGGGAGUAUUCGCAAGUCUUGGUUUUAUUCUUGUUUUGAUUGGGUUGCUGGUACUAUGCCUAUGCAUAUUCAGAAGGGGCGCUCCUGAUCAAAGGGGGAGAGGUGUUAGUCCUGCCCCUGUAGGUGCAGAAAGCGGCUCACCUUCAGCUGUAGGAGUAUCUAGUGAUUACGCGAAUUUGGGAGAGAAGUUUACACAUGCAGAGCUACAAAAGGCAACUGGUGAGUUUAGUGACUUGAACCUCAUCAAACAUGGACACUCUGGGGAACUCUUUCGAGGUGUGCUGGAAAAUGGUUCUCCUGUAGUCGUGAAGAAGAUUGAUGUGCGUUUGGCCAAGAAGGAUUCACACAUGAUUGAGAUGGAAUUAUUCAGCAGGGCUUCACAUACCAGAUUGGUCCCAUUCUUGGGACACUGUUUAGAUCAUGAACAUGAGAAGCUUUUGGUUUACAAAUACAUGCCAAAUGGGGACUUGUCUAAUUCACUGUACAAAAAUGUGAAAAAUGAAGACGGCAGUAUGCAGUCUCUUGAUUGGAUAACGAGACUGAAAAUUGCAAUAGGGGCGGCAGAGGGUCUAUCUUUCUUACAUCAUGAAUGUAGCCUUCCUAUAGUUCACAGGGAUGUUCAAGCAAGCAGCAUCCUUCUAGAUGAUAAAUUUGAAGUGCGUCUCGGGAGCUUGAGUGAUAUAUGCACACAAGAAGGGGAUAAUCAGCAGAAUGUUAUCUCCAGGUUACUGCGGCUGCCUCAGACUUCUGAACAGGGCGCCUCAAGCUCACCGUCAGCAACCUGUGCUUACGAUGUUUACUGCUUUGGGAAGAUUUUGCUUGAACUGGUAACUGGUAAGAUGGGGAUCAGUGCAUCAAGUGAUACUAACACAAAUGAGUGGUUGGAACAAACACUGCCCUACAUCAGUAUAUAUGAGCGAGAACUGGUGACCAAGAUUGUGGAUCCUUCUCUCAUUGUAGAUGAAGAUCUCUUGGAGGAGGUGUGGGCUAUGGCGGUUGUGGCUAGAUCUUGUCUUAACCCUAAGCCUUCCAAACGUCCUUUGAUGAGAUAUAUCCUUCAAGCUUUGGAAAACCCAUUGAAAGUGGUGAGAGAAGAUAACUCUAACUCUGCAAGGCUUAUAAAAGCUGCUUCAUCAAGGGGGUCAUGGAAUGCAGCUUUAUUUGGUAGUUGGCGUGAUAGUUCGUCAGAUAUCGUUUCCACUCCGAGUCAAGGAGGCAACAGAGAAGGCAACAGCUUCAAACAAUCUUUCACAGCUGGAUCUCAAGGAAGUGUGCAAUACAAUGUGUAUGAUCGUUCGUCUUCAAACAAGAAGUUCUCGAGGGAUAUCUAUCCUGAACCUUUUGAAUUUCCUGCCACAGAAAGAACCAAUGUAAACUAGAUUGGAGUUCAUGAUUUUUUGUUAAUAAACAAGACAGGCUCCCCAUUUGAGUGCCUCACACAUGUUUGCUCUUUUUCUUGUGGAAUGUAUAUUGUAACAUUUACUUGUUUUUUCUUUCCA